AUGGAUUUUAGAAAUAAUAAAUAACUUAAAGAAUUAAUUGAUGAAAUUAUUGAUUAAAAGCUAAAAGAUUUAGGAUUAAUAACAAACAAUAACAAUUAAAUUGAUCCAUUUGAUUAUAAAUUUAAAUUGACUAUGAAAAAUCUUGUAUAUAUUGCUAGUUCAAAUAAUAACCUUAAUAUUUAAUUAAGUUUAAAAAAUAAUGGUAAGAAGAAAUGGUAUAAUCCAUAUAUAAUAAAUAAAGAAAUAAAUUUACUUUAGAAAUUUAAAGAUUUGUCUCCAGGUUAAUCUAUUUAAGUUAAUAUUUCUAUUCCAUUCAUUCCUUAACAUUUUAAUGAGAAUAAAAAACAUCUUUAUAGUUUCAAAGUAAAUAUAAUACUUUAUAAUAUUAGAUCAAUGUUGAAAAUGAAUAAAGAUAAUAGUUUGAAGUAGAUGGUUAAAUUCCAAUCUUAGUCUAGGCUCCAAUUGAUAUUUAAUAAUCAACAUAAGAAUAAAAGAUAUCAAAAUUAUUGGAUGUCUUUCCAUAAAAAGGAAAGAAUUAUAUUACUAAAUUUGUUUAAGAAAAUGAUAAAGAUAAAUCAGUUGAUUAAUUAAUUGAAGAAUUAUUAUAAUGA